AUGUUGAAAAACGAUACCGUUUUCACUAAAGAUAUUUCUUGUACGGCGAUAACUGGUAAAGAUGCCUGGAAUCGACCAACACCACAACCAAUCACUAUAUCAUUAUCUUUCAGUACUGAUUUCCAGAAGGCAUCGGAAUUGGAUAAUUUGAAAUGCUCAAUUAAUUAUGCUGUUAUUACCAGAAAUGUAACUGAAUUUAUGAAAUCAAAUGAGCAUUUAAAUUUCAAGUCAUUAGGAAAUAUUGCUCAAGCAAUUAGUGAUAUUGGAUUAGAUCAAUCUAGAGGUGGUGGAUCUAUUGUGGAUGUGACGAUAAAAAGUUUGAAAUCAGAAAUAAGAGCUGAAAGUGUCGAAUAUAAAAUUAAUAGAAACACUUUGGGUCAACCCGUUCCAUUAGAUAUUUUCCAAGUUAAUAAAUUGAGAUUAUUGACAAUUAUUGGGGUUUUCACAUUUGAAAGAUUACAAAAACAAAUAGUUGAUGUUGAUUUACAAUUUAAAAUUGCACCUAAUUCCAAUUUAUAUUUCCAUCAAAUAAUUGCUGAUAUUGUUUCAUACGUGGAAUCAUCUAAUUUCAAAACUGUAGAAGCAUUGGUGUCUAAGAUUGGUCAAUUGACAUUUCAGAAAUAUGACGGAGUAGCUGAAGUUGUUGCUACUGUCACUAAACCGAAUGCAUUCAGUCAUGUUGAAGGUGUUGGGGUAUCAUCUACCAUGGUCAAAGACAAUUUCAAAGAUAUGGAACCAGUUAAAUUUGAAAACACAAUUGCUCAAACUAAUAGAGCAUUCAAUUUACCUGUUGAAAAUGAGAAAACUGAGGAUUAUACCGGGUACCACACUGCAUUUAUUGCCUUUGGAUCCAAUACUGGAAAUCAAGUAGAAAAUAUUACCAAUUCAUUCGAAUUGUUGCAAAAAUAUGGAAUCACCAUAGAAGCAACUUCAUCAUUGUACAUUUCUAAACCAAUGUAUUACUUGGAUCAACCAGAUUUUUUCAAUGGGGUAAUUAAAGUGAAUUUCCAAAACAUUUCACCUUUCCAGUUGUUGAAAAUUCUAAAAGAUAUUGAAUAUAAACAUUUAGAAAGGAAAAAAGACUUUGAUAAUGGGCCCAGAUCAAUAGAUUUGGAUAUUAUACUAUAUGACGAUUUACAAUUAAAUACCGAGAAUCUAAUUAUUCCACAUAAAUCAAUGUUAGAAAGAACAUUUGUAUUACAACCAUUAUGUGAAGUAUUACCCCCUGAUUAUAUUCAUCCCAUCAGUGCAGAAAGUUUGCAUAGCCAUUUACAACAAUUAAUAAAUGAUAAACCUCAAGAGACAGUACAAGAAUCGUCUGAUUUAUUACAAUUUAUCCCAGUCUCUAGAUUACCUGUCAAAGAUAAUAUUUUGAAAUUUGAUCAAAUUAAUCAUAAAUCUCCUACUUUGAUUAUGGGUAUAUUGAAUAUGACUCCUGAUUCAUUUAGUGAUGGUGGGAAACAUUUUGGAAAAGAACUAGAUAAUAUUGUGAAGCAGGCAGAGAAAUUAGUCAGUGAGGGUGCUACGAUUAUUGACAUUGGAGGAGUUUCCACACGACCAGGAAGUGUUGAACCCACUGAGGAAGAAGAAUUGGAACGUGUGAUUCCAUUAAUUAGAGCCAUUCGUCAAUCACUGAACCCUGAUUUACUGAAGGUGUUGAUUUCGGUUGAUACUUAUCGUAGUAACGUUGCUGAACAAAGUUUACUUGUGGGUGCUGACAUAAUCAACGAUAUCUCAAUGGGCAAAUAUGAUGAAAAAAUAUUUGAUGUGGCUGCCAAAUAUGGAUGUCCUUAUAUCAUGAAUCAUACUCGAGGAUCACCUAAAACCAUGUCUAAAUUGACCAAUUAUGAAUCAAAUACAAAUGAUGAUAUUAUCGAAUAUAUAAUUGAUCCUAAAUUAGGACAUCAAGAAUUGGAUUUGUCACCUGAAAUCAAGAAUUUACUCAAUGGAAUCAGUCGUGAAUUGAGUUUACAAAUGUUUAAAGCCAUGGCUAAAGGAGUGAAAAAAUGGCAAAUUAUUUUGGAUCCAGGUAUUGGAUUUGCUAAAAAUUUGAAUCAAAAUUUAGCAGUUAUUCGUAAUGCCUCGUUUUUUAAAAAAUAUUCUAUUCAAAUUAAUGAACGUGUUGAUGAUGUAACAAUCAAACAUAAAUAUUUAAGUUUUAAUGGUGCUUGUGUUUUGGUGGGGACAUCAAGAAAGAAGUUUUUGGGGACAUUAACUGGUAAUGACGUGCCUCUGGAUCGAGUAUUUGGCACUGGUGCAACAGUGUCUGCGUGUAUUGAACAAAACACUGAUAUUGUAAGAGUUCAUGAUGUUAAAGAAAUGAAAGAUGUAGUAUGUAUAAGUGAUGCAAUUUAUAAAAAUGUAUAA